UGAGGUUUUCCUGCUCUCUUUGCUCCAUCGUCUCCUCUUCUCCAAGGAGAAAGCUCUCUCUCUUUUUCAUUGUCAGGGUCCAGCCCCACCGCGGCCAACGAUGUCCCGCUUCUCCUGCCCACUGAUUUUCGAUACUCGAACGAGCUCAAGCCCCAGAGUGGCUCAUGCGCGCCAUGUGACAGGUACAGAUACGUUACGUUUCCCACGGAACCUUGAAGUCACGGAUCUUGGUUGCUGUAAAUUGUAUUUUGUGCCUGUGGCCGCAGCUCUUCUUGUUGGUGCGGUACUUGUGCGGCCCUGGCCGUCGUUGGUGACGGCACUGCAUUGGCUCUUGCUUGCAUUGGCCAACACAACGCGGUGGGUUUGUCUCCUUCUCCCGCUUCUUCUGCUGAUGUUGUUGUUUGCUAGAGAGUUACGAGAACAUUCGAAGCUUUGCUCUUUUUCGUCGAGGCGUUUCUGCCGCCUGCAGGCUUAGCAAACGCACUUGCGCAUGCUUCGUAUGUGCAUGUAUAAUGACUCUUAAACUUGUCGCAGCCCUAUUCGCGGACCCUAACAGGAUGCCCGUCCCAUCCAUGUCAGCCAGUGCUCACAUCAGACGAGUUUUCGGGAGUGGAUCGAAAAGGC